AUACAAUAAGGUCAGGCAUUUGUACCGUACUAAUUGGGCGAGUGUAUCGCGCAGCGUCAGCACAGCAGUGAGGUCCAAAUCAAGGCAAGUUUCUUGACAGCGUUGCACGAGCCUCCUUGUUUGGUUGGUGAAACGGAAACAUCUGGUUGUCCCGUGAAUUCAUACACGCAAGAAAAGGUUGAGCUGACAGACUCCUUCUCAAGCCUGACCCUUGACCCUUGAGAUGGACUCCCAACGCAUUUCAGUUGGCUUCAUUGGUGCAGGGAACAUGGCUUUCGGCAUUGCGAAGGGCAUCUUGACUGGGAACGUUCGCCCUAUGAAUGUCAAAGUGAGCGCUCCGUCUCUCAGGAACCUCGGACGCUUUAAGGAGAUGAACAUCUCCACAACUCACUCCAACACUGAGGUCGUGUGCAGUUGCGAUGUUCUCUUUGUAGCAGUAAAACCUGAUUUAGUUGCGACAGUUCUCCGUGAGAUCUCGCACCACGUCACCAACAGACACAUGAUUGUGUCCGUUGCCGCCAGAGUCACGCUGGCAACAUUAGAGGAGCUCCUGCCCGAAGGUUCACGUGUCAUCAGGCUGAUGCCGAAUCUUCCGUGCGUGGUUCUGCAGGGGGCACUCUUAUUUACACGGGGCACUCAUGCGAAACAAGAGCACGGUGCUCUAUUGUGCGCCUUAUUGCAGCGCUGCGGUUUGGUCGAAGAGGGACCCGAGGCCUGGCUCGACAUCCACACUGGACUGAGCGGGAGCGGAGUUGCCUUUGUGUACCUCUUUGCAGAGGCCCUGGCCGAAGGAGCAGUUAAAAUGGGCAUGCCCGGCGCUCUCGCCCAUAGAAUCGCAUCUCAGACUGUUCUGGGUGCUGGUCAGUUAUUACUGGAGUCCGACAAGCAUCCAGCUCAGCUGCGUUCGGAGGUCUGCACCCCAGGUGGCACAACCAUCUACGGGCUUCAUGCGCUGGAACAAGGAGGUGUGAGGGCAUCGACCAUGGCUGCCGUGGAAUCUGCAACUGAGAGAGCGAGGGAGCUUGGUCGAAAGACGGCGGCGGCACCGGGAAGCAUGAAAUGAUACCUGUGCGUGUCCUCUUCAAACUGUAAAGUCUUAAUUGGAAAGUACCCUUUCUUCUCUGUUCUGCUGUUUAAAGAUUAAAAUAUUUCUUUUGUCAUCUAUCCUCAAAAUAUUGUUUGUCUGGUCAGUACAGUAGAUUGAUAUUUAAAACGCAAAGGGAAAAAAAUCUAAUGAUUUCAAAAGUAGAAUUUUACGGUUGUGAAUGUCUGAAAUGUAAACAUGAAUGAACAUUUGGUAUAUUACGAUAUUUUGUGAUGUUUUCUUUAAUCAAUGUAUUGCUUCUCAGUGAAAAAAGUGCUUUGAGAUGAUUGCAUGACUUGGUGACUUGCUUGCCUAAGCAAUUCCAGAGAUGGACUCUGGAGCCUGCUUUGACGACUUCAUAGUCUGCUUUGUUUGAAUUGUCAAAACUUGAUUGAGAUCAAUGCCACUUGAUUACACAACAAACAGUGUGGCGUAGGGAGGGAUGAGAAUGGCCACUCACCUCUCCCAAUGCACACACUUUAGAGGAUAAAAGGAGGGGAGCGAUGCUCCUCAGCAGAGUCCGCUGUGGGUCAAAGUACGAGACGCCCAGCUCGUAUUGAAGCUCACUCUGCUGAGGGUGUUGGCUCUCCACCCUACUGGCACACGGUAAGAGUUCUUUAGCUUCAUACAACUUGUUUGAACUGUGUUAUCAUUUCUGUGUGGGACCAAUAAAGUGCCUAUUGUUGGUA